AUGUCGUCGCAGCUCGAAUCAACAACAACUUCUAGAGAUGCCCCUGAGCUGGGGCUCGCGCACCCCGCAAUAUCCCCAAAAUUAACAUCAACCCCACCAUCGAGCUCGACCUUCACACUUUCCUUCAAUCUCUCCCAUUCACGACCCUCAUCACCGACCUCUUCGAUUUUCUCUUCCAGUUCUCAAGAUACCAUGUCGACAUCCAGCUCCAUGCCAGGUGGAUUGGCGCGACAAAACACCGCCGAAGUCGCAGAGCGAGAUUACUUUGCGGAAAAUCCUCCGCCUGCAACCCUCGAAAGGCAUACAUCUCUCGCUGAAGAAUUUAUCAAUUUCCACGCCGCUGCUGGCAGAAGAGUGGUGUUAGUCACAUCGGGAGGAACAACUGUACCGCUAGAGAAACAGACGGUGCGAUUUAUAGACAAUUUUAGUGCGGGAACGCGUGGGGCUACAUCUGCCGAAUACUUCCUGGAAUCGGGCUACGCGGUAAUAUUCCUCCAUCGCCAAUUCAGUCUCCAACCUUAUUCACGCCACUAUAGCCAUGCUACGGAUUGUUUCCUCGAUUUCCUUCACGAAGGUCCUGAUGGGAGCGUGGUCGCAAACGAUGAAUAUCGCGAGAAGAUGUUGAAGGUUCUGGGACAGUAUAAUGCGGCCAAGUCGAAGAAUCUCCUUUUGACAUUACCUUUCACGACCAUCACGGAUUAUUUAUUCAUCCUUCGAGCGAUUGCGCAACUCAUGCGUCCUCUCGGCUCUCGUGGUCUGCUAUAUCUGGCUGCGGCUGUGUCGGAUUUCUUCGUCCCGCCGGAGCGAAUGCAGGAGCAUAAAAUUCAAUCUACAAAUGCAACCGAUACAAAUACACCCGAUGCACGGGGAAGUGAAGAGAAAGAGAUUGGAGAGGACGAGGAGGAAGCUUUUGAUAACUUUGACUCAUCUCCAGCGGUACCGCGAAGCAAGCGUUUGAUCGUCGAUUUGGAUCCUGUACCGAAAUUUCUCAAGAAUCUUGUGGAUGGCUGGGCUCCUGAAGGCAUGAUUGUUUCUUUCAAGCUCGAGACCGAUCCUGCGAUACUGGUUCACAAGGCGAAAUAUUCCUUGGAUCGUUACCAGCAUCAUUUAGUUAUUGGAAAUCUACUCGCAACUAGAAAAUGGGAAGUGGUGUUCGUAGCUCCAGGCAGCAAAGAUCAAUGGAUUAGAGUACCUAGGAGCAAGAGGAAGAGAACUAUCAGUGGGGUGGAAGAUCUGGUAGGUACCGCUGCGAGAGGGGGAGAGGUGGGUGAUGAGCCUUUAGAUCCAAAUGAGCUACCGGAUGGGGAACCCGAGCUGGAGAUUGAAAGUUUGAUUAUUCCGGCCGUGGAAGCUUUACAUACUUCUCAUAUUAAUGCCCCGAGGAAACGGGAGAGGUAA